CUCAGCCGUGCAAUGCAGGCCAACAUGUCAUUGUUACGUACCUACCCACCACACAAAAGCAGACCUUUCUGCUUUUCUGCUUUUCUGCCCACAUUUUGCCUUUCUCUUAUCAAAAGCGCUUCAAGUUCAAGCAUAAUCUAGAGGAGUCUCUGCUUCGGUCUUUAGGCGCAGGCGUUGGUGAUGCAGAGCGUUGCGAAGUCAGGUGCGCUGCGCACUGGGGCAGGCGCCCUGCUUCAAGGGGCGGAGCGCUCCGACUCUUUGGCCAAGUCCACUGGGAGGCCCUUCGCUUUCCUGCGGAGUUCGUCUUAUUUGCGCCAGGGUCAAGGGGGUGCUGCACAACUGCAUAGGGAAGUGGCACCGCUGAAGAGCCAGCCUAGACAGGCAUCUCGCGGUGCGGCUACCGCAAUGGCGGCCGCCGUCUCUGCACCGGAAGCCACCGGUGCGGCCCCUUAUCUCGAUGAUCCAGCCAGCCUCAUUGACAGCGUAAAAACCUUCAUCUUUGACUGCGACGGGGUCAUCUGGAAGGGCGAGUCAUUGAUUGACGGAGUACCUGAGACGCUGGACAAGCUAAGGGCUGCAGGCAAGAAGCUGAUCUUCGUCACCAACAACUCAACCAAAAGCAGGAAACAGUACAUGAAAAAGUUCACCGACCUGGGGCUCAGCGUCACGGAGGAAGAGAUCUUUGCAUCGUCUUUCGCUGCUGCCGCUUACUUGAAGGGCAUCGGGUUCAACAAGAAGGCGUAUAUUAUUGGCGAAGUGGGCAUCCAGAAGGAGAUGGACAUUGCGGGCAUCUCCCAUCUGGGUGGGCCGGAGGACGGCCAAAAGACGAUCGACCUGUCCCCCGGAGUAAUGAUGGAGCACGAUCAUGACGUGGGCGCCGUCGUGGUCGGCUUCGACCGUUACCUCAACUACUACAAGCUGCAGUAUGCCACGCUCUGCCUGCGCGAGAACCCGGGCUGCCUGUUCAUCGCCACCAACUGCGAUGCGGUCACUCACCUUACGGAUGCGCAGGAGUGGGCCGGAGGCGGCUCGAUGGUCGGGGCCAUCAAGGGGUCCACUAAAAAGGAGCCAUUUGUCGCUGGGAAGCCAUCCACGUUCAUGAUGGACUGGAUUGCCAAGAGCUAUGGCAUCGACAAGUCCGAGAUCUGCAUGGUGGGCGACCGUUUGGACACGGACAUUCUUUUCGGACAGAACGGCGGCUGCCGGACGCUGCUGGUCCUGUCCGGGGUCACAAACCUCAAGACCCUGCAAAGCCCCGACAACCACAUACAGCCCGACUUUUACGCCAACCAGAUUAGUGAUCUGCUUGGCGCCAAGGCGCCUGCUGGCGUGGCUGCCUAAGCGCGUUUUGCUUGUGGCCUUCUGAAUUACGGGGGAAGGGGACCCAUGGUGUUGCCAAUCGUUGAAAUUGGGCUGUAAGCCCUGAGGUAUUGUAUCAGCAUUGUGCUUUGCCGCUAGCAUCUGGCUAUGCUAUCACCGUCCAGGUGUUUAGGUCUACUGCGCGUAGAAAUGGCAGUCUGCACCGCGAGAUUGACGUCUUUGGACCAGAACCUCAACUUGUCAAGUUUACUUUGGUACUGUAUAUCAUUCUUCAUUUGUCAAGGAAUCUGAUGCCCGCAAGUUCAUGCCCAACGUAUUGCACUUUCAAGCGGUU